UGCGUGUAUUACGUUAGCCAAACAGGGAAGUCCUCUCCUCCUCGUUCUUUCGUUCACCUUGUUGGCCCAAAACAUUAUUAGGCCGCGACAUUUUUAUUUUCCUUAGCUAAACUUGUAAGAAAUAGCCUAAUAGUCAACAGGCUAGGCUGUUGUUCAUGGAUUGACGUUAAAACUGUACGAUAUACAUAUUCAGCUGUCUUCACAGGAGUGAGAGAAGACGGAGAGAAGAAACGGAACGGAAUUAUGUCCAAACUCUUUUGAAAUGUUUAUAGCUGACUUUUAUUGAGUUUGUGAACGGACUGAAGAGCAGGAGGUUCCCACUAACACUGGACAGGAUGAGAGUGUCCUCAUAGAGCUGCCUUUGUGCUGCUGUCUGUCCUAAAGUCUUCAGAAGAGCCCUUGUCUUAACACUGGUCAGUGAGUCAGAAAGCGAAGUAAAAAGAUCUGCUUCACCAUGGCACAGUGGACGCAGAUGAAACAGCUGAUUCCCUAUCUGGCCACACAGACCCUCAACGAGCUCUACUCCCCCUCCUUUCCCAUGGACGUCAGGUGCUACCUGGCCAACUGGAUCGAGGAGCAGAGAUGGGAGGACUUUGAGCCAGAGAAGGUAGACCAGAAGCCCCAGGCUCUGACCCUACUGGAUCAGAUCAUAUCCUGCCUACAGAGUCUGGCCGGGCAGAACCCCAACGUGGUGGAAAAGAUGAGGCUGCAGCACAUCUCCAGGAACAUGAGUAUGUUCCGUUCCCAGCCUCUCCAGCUGGUGCUCACAGUCAGAGAUGUCCUGAGGAAGGAGAGAGAGCUGCUCAGUCAGGCGUCUACCCAGAUCCCGGCCCUAGCCCACAUCUCUCAACCCCCAGCCCAGGAUUCCAUGGCUGUAGCCCACACCACCAGAGAUGUGGACAUGCUGGUGCUCAAGGUGCUGGAGAUCCAGGACUGCAGACAGCAGAUCCACCAGCUGCAGGAGGAGCUCAACUGGGAGAGGCAGAACUAUGAGUCCAUUCAGGGCACUAUCCAGCAGACCCAUACCAAUGGGAUGGACUCCAGCAUGUCAGAAGUCACCAAACUCCAGAAUAACAUCAAACAGCAUGAGUACAAUGGCCAAGUCAUAGCCAAGAAGCGUGUUCAGCUGCUCCAGGAGGCAGUGUCUAGUCUGGAGAAGUGUCAGUCUCGUCUGAUCAACAGGAUCAAAGCCUGGAGGUGGGAACAGCAUCAAGCUACUAUCGGACACCCCUUCGAUGACAACCUCAGCCCUCUGCAGACAUGGUGUGAACAACUCUUGGGGGUGAACGGGAAGUUGAGACAGGAAGUGAUGCUGGCCGGGGAGCCAAUCCCAGAGCUGCAAGAGAAACUGGGACGUCUGCUGCAAACUCUAAUCCAGAGCUCCCUGAUGGUAGACAAGCAGCCUCCCCAGGUGAUUAAGACCCAGUCUAAGUUCUCCACCACGGUGCGCUACCUGCUGGGGGAGAAAGUGGCACCCGGGAAACCAGUCCUCCUCAAGGCCCAGAUCAUCACUGAGGCCCAGGCUAGGAACCUCGGACAGCUGGGCUGUGUACCCAGUGAGAAUGUUGGAGAGUUGAUAAAUAACACAGCCAUUUUGGAACACAACACUUCCAGCAAGAGUACAUGUGCCACCUUCAGGAAUAUGUCUAUAAAGAAGAUCAAGCGAGCAGACAGAAAGGGGUCGGAGUCUGUGACAGAGGAGAAGUUUGCUCUCUUCUUCACCACAGAGAUCAGCAUCACUGGCUGUGACAUUCCCUACAGAAUACAGAUGAUCUCUGUGCCAGUGGUGGUGAUAGUUCACGGUAGUCAGGAUAACAAUGCCCUAGCAACCAUCAUCUGGGACUGUGCCUUUUCUGAACCAGAAAGGAUUCCAUUUUUGGUUCCGGAACGCGUUCCCUGGAAGCAGAUGUGCAGGACCCUGAACAGUAAGUUCAUGUCGGAGGUCGGAACGCAGCGUUGCCUAGACAACUACAACCAACACUUCCUGGCCCAAAAGAUCUUUGACAAGCCAGACAUCGCUGGAGACUACAGCAACAUGCUGGUAUCCUGGGCACAGUUCAACAAGGAGGUGCUCCCUGGACGACCUUUCACCUUCUGGCAGUGGUUUGAUGGUGUGAUAGAGCUUACCAAGAAGAACCUGAAGAGCUACUGGAGUGACGGGUUGAUAUUUGGUUUCAUCGGUAAGCAACACCUCCACCUGAUUCUGAAGGACCGGCCCAACGGGACCUUCUUACUGCGCUUCAGCGACUCUGAGAUAGGCGGCAUCACCAUCGCAUACGUGGCUCCAUCUGAGAACGGGGGCCAGAAGAUCCAGAAUAUUCAACCGUCCACCAAGAGAGACUUGGAGAUCCGUUCCCUUGGUGACCGUAUUCAAGACAUCGACUUCAUCACACACGUGUAUCCAGAUCUGCCGAAGAAUGACGUGUUCAGAAAAUACUACACAGAUAACCCGUUACCUCGGGAUACCACCUCGGGAUACCUCAUAGUCUCCAUCCAGACCAAAGUGGGAGUGGAAGCCCUCUGUGAUUCUCCUCAGCGCAGUGAGACCCCACAAGACCACAAUUCCUCUCUCUAUUCCAUGGACCAGGGGAAUGGAGCCAGCGCAUCACCGUUCUACUCUCUCUCUCCGCACAACCCGUUCCCGUCCUCCUUCCAGCUGCCCCCAGGACCCCUACAGGGGGUGAUAUACCCUGACCCCCUCUCCAACCCCAACAGACACUUCCCUGGACCGGACAUGUCCCAGGGCCAGCCUAUUGAGAUGGAGCUAGAGGAGAUUCUGAACAGACUCUCGGAGUAGGAGGAGGAGGAGGAGGAAGAGGAAGAGGAGGGGGGAAUGCAAGAGAAGGAGGAGCCCAGUGAAGACAGUUUCUCAUCACUCUGAUCUAACAAAGUGGAUAUUCGUCAAAUCCGUCUUAAUUUAUGUAUUGUAACAGGCCCAUAAUGUGCUUACUUAAGUCCGAUUUGGAUGUAUUUGGCUGUUCCUUUACAAAAAAAGAUUGCCGUUUUGAAACUGCAGUAAAAGUGCAGAAACUGCAGUCGACUGUGGUAUUUUGGA